AUAACCUCAAAAUCUUGCACGAUCAAGUGCACAAUGUAAACACAUGUUUGUGAGAAUUAUUUGGUUAAUAAAGUUUAAAACCCCUUAAAUCCAUCAAAAUGGGUAAAAAGACUAAAGUAGGGAAACAGCGUAAAGAUAAAUAUUAUCAGUUGGCGAAGGAAACAGGCUAUCGUUCCAGAGCAGCUUUUAAGUUGAUUCAAUUAAACAGAAAGUUCGGCUUUUUACAAAGGUCACGAGUAUGUAUAGAUUUGUGUGCCGCGCCCGGUGGCUGGAUGCAAGUGGCGCAUCAGAAUAUGCCAGUAUCCAGCAUCGUUAUCGGUGUAGAUUUGUUCCCAAUAAAACCUGUGCCAGGCUGCAUUGGUCUAACCGAAGAUAUAACAACUGAAAAAUGUAAAUCAGCUAUCAAAAAAGAAAUUAAGACAUGGAAAGCUGAUGUCGUUCUUCAUGAUGGAGCUCCUAAUGUGGGUUUAAAUUGGCUUCACGAUGCGUAUCAGCAAGCCUGUUUGACACUCAGUGCCUUAAAACUUGCAACCAACUUUUUAAGAGAAGGUGGUUGGUUUGUGACAAAAGUAUUCAGAUCUAAAGAUUAUCAUGCUCUGCUUUGGGUCCUAAAACAGUUUUUCAAGAAAGUUCAUGCAACAAAACCACAGGCUUCACGAAAUGAGUCUUCCGAAAUAUUUGUUGUUUGCCAAGGUUAUAUUGCUCCAGAUUCUAUUGAUCCUAAAUUCUUAGAGCCAAAGUAUGUGUUUGAAGAUUUGGAAAUAGCUAAAAAACAGCAUACAAAUAUUUUGCACCCUGAAAAGCAAAAGAAAGCCAAAGCUGAGGGCUACAAAGAAAAUGACUAUACUACUCAUCACAAAGUUCUUCUGUCACAGUUUUUAUCUGCAGAUGACCCAAUUGAUCUUUUACAAGGAUGUUCUGAGAUUGUGAUCGAUGACAAAACUAUUGAAUUACAUCCUAAGACAACAGAAGAAAUAAAAAUAUGUUGCAAGGACAUAAAAGUGCUGGGCAGAAAAGAUCUCAAGUUGCUAUUAAGUUGGAUGAAACAGAUGAAAGAAUUAAAAACUCCAAAGGAGAAAAAGGAUGAAAAAGAAGAGGCUGUGGAUGCUGCUGAUGACACUGAGGCAACAGAGGAUAAGAAAAGCGAUGAUGAGGAGGAGGUUGAUGAUCAAAUUGCUGAGCUUCAGGAUGAAGAAAGAAGAUUGUCAAAAAGAAAAAGAAAACAACUGAACAAACAGAGGCAAAAGUUAGCAGAGAAAAUGAAUUUGAAAAUGGUUUUGAAGGGAGAUGGUGGUCCAAUUAUGGAAAGCAAUGAUAUGUUUCAGCUAUCAUCUAUUAAAAAUGCUCAGGAAUUGUCAAGGCUUGUGGACCAACAGCCUGAUAUUGUUGUUGACGGUGGAGAUGAAUCAGAUGAUGAAUUUAAAAUUAAACCCAAACAUAUCAAGUAUGAUGUUGAAUCUUCAAAAUUGGAUUCUUCCGGGUUAUAUUAUAAAGAUUCUGACAGUGAACUGGAAAUGGAAUCAGAUUCAGAAGAUGAAACUGAAAAAGAUACUUUAGCAUUCUCAGAUUCAGAUAAUGAGUCAAAGAAGAAGAAGAAGAUAGAUAAAAUAACAAAAUUAAAUACCCUCAGGAAUAGUCAGUUAACCAAAACUCCAUCGAUCCCUAAGAACAAUCCAUUAUUGACAGACCUUGACAACACGGACCCUGUGUCCAAACGUUCAAUGAAAGCGGAACUUUGGUUCCAGAAAGACUGUUUUAAGGAUAUUGAUGAAGAGGAUGAUGAAGGUGUAGAUUUGGAUAAAAUUGCCACUACAUAUAAAGAAAAAGGUAAAAAAAUAACAGAGGAAGUAAAGAAGUCCACUUUAGAAGAUAGCAGAAAUGGCAGUUUGAAAAGAAAGUUGAAAGAUGUAGAGAGCUCUGAUGAUGACUCAUCAGACAGCGAUUAUGAUGUUGAGGAUACUGUGGCUCCUGGCGCAGAUAAAGCAGGUGCUAAAACAAGCAAAAAGGAUGGUUUUGAAGUGGUUUCCCAGGACCCUGAUCUAAAAAGACUAAAGAAAACACUGAAAAUGGAUGCAGAAACUUUAGCUUUAGGAACAAUGAUAGCUACUUCUAAGAAAUUCAAGCGGGAUCUGAUUGAUGAUGCAUGGAACCGGUAUGCCUUCAAUGAUAAGAAUUUGCCCGAUUGGUUUGUUGAAGAUGAAAAGAAACACAUGAAGAAACCAAUGGCCAUCCCUGAGAAAUAUACUGAAGAAUACGAAAAGAAGCUGCAAGACAUAAAUGUUAGGCCAAUCAAGAAGGUGAUCGAAGCUAAGGCUAGGAAGAAGAAGCGUAUGAUUAAGAAGAUGGAGAAGGCGAAGAAGAAGGUGGAAGCCGUGAUGGAGAACGCGGACAUGUCCGAGCGGGAGAAGGCUCAGCAGAUCAGGACUCUCUACAAGAAGGCGCAGACCGAUGGCAAGAAGAAGGUGACCUAUGUCGUGGCCAAGAAGCACACCACAGCCAAACGCAUGAAGCGGCCGAGCGGAGUCAAGGGCCAGUACAAGGUCGUCGACCCACGCAUGAAGAAGGACCUGCGCGCGCAGAAGGCCAAGGAAAAAACCAAGGGCCGCGGCAAGAAGGCCAAGUUCAAUAACUCCAAGUCCAAGGCGGGCAAGCCAGGCAAGGCCGGCAAGGCUCCCCGAGCGAAAGCAGGUAAAAGGAAGGGAAAAGCUAAAUAAGUGUUGUAUGUAAAUAAUAUUAUAUGUAUUAAUAUGUGAUGAAAA